AUGUCAGAAACUCAAGUGGUGAACUUGAUCCCGUCCCUGCGCCAAGCAGGGCUGUUUCCCAGCUCCGCACCCCUCAUCCCCGAAGACUUUACCCCAACAACAGAGCUUCAGGUAGCAUUCGGUGAGAAAUCAGUUUCUCUGGGAAAUCUAUUCAGAGUCAGUGAUUGUAAAUCAGCUCCGAAAAUCACUUUUGCAGCCGAGACCCAGAUGCACCGACCCCAGAUGACCCCAAAUUCGCCUACUGGCGGCAUUGGGUCGUUUCCGGAUUGCAACCGUCGGGAGCACCUGAGACUGUUCAGACGUUAA